ACAACAAGAUAAGGUAGCCAGCCAUCUCGGUCGGCUGGCCAGAGGUUCGAAAACCGUUGGGCAAUGGGAGGGCACGGCAACCUGAACCUCCUCCCUCGCUCCACGACCAGACCCCGCACCGGCACGGUCGGCUCGUCGCCAUGCCGCUACUCCGUCCACCACCGCAGCGCCAGUAAGGUCGCCGCCGGGAGGAGGAGCGCGGCGGCGAGUGUCUCCUGCUCCGCCGCCUCCUCCCAGGCGCCGCCGUCGCAGAGCACAAUCAAGGUGGUCAUCGUCGGCGCGACCAAGGAGAUGGGGAGGGCGGCGAUCGCGGCGGUGAGCAGGGCGCGGGGGAUGGAGCUCGCGGGCGCCAUCGACACCCAGUGCAUUGGGAUGGAUGCUGGAGAGUUAAGCGGCAUGGACGAAGCCCUGGAGAUCCCGGUGCUCAAUGACUUCACCAUGGUUCUCGGCUCCAUAGCACAGACAAGAGCAACUGGUGUGGUUGUUGAUUUCAGCGAACCUUCAUCUGUCUAUGACAAUGUCAAGCAGGCAGCAGCAUUUGGCUUAAGCAGUGUUGUAUACGUUCCGAAAAUCGAGAUGGAUACGGUAACUGAACUGUCAGCAUUCUGCGACAAGGCAAGCAUGGGUUGCUUGGUCGCGCCGACACUGUCGAUCGGCUCGGUACUCCUUCAACAAGCUGCAAUCCAGGCCUCAUUCCACUACAACAAUGUCGAGAUAGUUGAAUCAAGACCUAACCCAUCGGACUUGCCAUCGCCAGAUGCAAUACAGAUUGCGAAUAACAUAUCUGAUCUUGGUCAGAUAUACAACCGACAAGAUAUGGAUUCCGAUAAUCCAGCAAGAGGCCAGGUACUUGGAGAAGAUGGAGUGCGUGUGCACAGCAUGGUUCUUCCCGGGCUUGCCUCAAGCACAUCGGUCGUUUUGUCGGGUCCCGGAGAGGUUUACACCUUGAAGCAUGAUGUUACAGAUGUCCAGAGCUUAAUGCCAGGGCUAAUUCUGGCAAUACGGAAGGUGAUACGGUUGAAGAACUUGAUUUAUGGCCUGGAGAAGUUCUUGUAGGAAACGGUCAGCUCACAUAUCAUGAGAACUCUUUUUUCUUCGAGGAAGAGAUCAAUGGGAUUAAAUCAAUUCCAAGGCUCAUAAUCAGAAACACAGCCACUGGCAAGGAGGAUCCAAGAACCCUAAGAAAACGACACACAGUUUUGGAGAAGAGUUUGGCUCCACAUAUAAGAUGACACUCCUGAUAGUGCUCCAGACAAUAAGCAAGCUGAUGACAUGGUCUCAGGGGUUGUACCUGAUUGCUUGCUGUACUUUGAGAGGUUUUUCAGAACCAAACUCUUGGAGAAAAAUUAUACAGGUCACGCUAUGGGCUCAUGUCCUUUCUAGUGUACCAAUUUUUUUUGAACUCCAUAGUGUACCCUUUAUACUAAUAUAUGCCUAGAAAUCUGAA